AUGGGUUUGAAGAGUGGCUCUUCCCAACCUUCUACUGUGUCAAAGAAAGCUCCGAGGAAGACAAAGACAAGAUACCCAGCAAGAAAGAUCUACAUGUCCAAGGUUCAAAACAAAGAACCCACCAAUGUUCCUCUCUGUGAGGAUGUUACUAAUGAAGAGGAAAUCGAGGCUGAAGACUCUCCUGUGAAAUCGCCUCCGGAUGUUGUGCCUGAUGUUGAGACAUCUGAGUCUAAGGAAAUUUCUGCCAAAGAAAAUCCUGAAAAGGAUUCCACUUCUCAUGAAGAUUCAGGCGAUGCUACUCAGCCUGCUAUCUCUGUAUCAUCCUCUUCAAAGGAUGUUGAUCCAAAGAAUGGCAAUUCUGAGGAUACCAAUUCUGCAGAGCCAACCCAUGCUCCAGCCCCUGUUCAGGACAUCUCUGAUGAUGAUUCUGAUGAUGAGCCCCUGGUUAAGUCCAUUCCUGAUAGCGUUGCUGCCAGAAUGAAAAGAAAAAGAAGGGUCUCUACUCCAGAAGUCACUCCUACUCCACCAAAGAGAUCCAAGUAA